UAAUGUCUAUCUGCAUUAUAAGGCACAGCCUUAAGAUAAAUUUAAAAAAUAGACUUACUGGGCCAAAGGAUAUGGAUACUUUAAGAUACUUGAUGCCUAGCACUGGGACAUUUUUCGGGAAGAUUAGGAUUCUAGAGCAGAUCGUUGAUUUUUUAAAGCUGAGACAAACUUGUGUUUGUUCAGCAUCUACAUGUAAGUAGCCCCAGAGAAGGGUCUAGAUUGACAGUGUAGGAAUGAUGAAGCUACACCCCUGAAGAGGCAGGUGAGGGUAGAAAACAGAGGGUGAGAAGAUGCUGUGUUCCCUGAUGGAGAAAGAAAAUAAUUUGGGUUGGGCAUGGGGGUGACCAAGUGUGUGUACAUGUGUGUGUGCGGGUGUGAGAGGAGGUGAGGGAAUCCCAGAGAAUGGACUUUAUCCUCUGCUUACAGUCAGGAAGUAAGGAUGGAGAUAGGAAAUAUGAGGGGCAUGGUAGUGACUUAGAAUAGCCCGUGGUGGGGAUAGAAAGGAGAGCUCUUGCCCCUUUACAUGAGGAGGGACAUGGAAAGGGUUUCCAGAUAACACUGGAGAUUCCGCUGAGUUGGGACAUCAUGCAUUUCGUACCAAUCUCUGAAGACUUCUGUGAAUUUUCUCAGGAGUUCCUGAAGCCCUGGUAAAGGAGCAGGCGUGAGAAUAGCUGAACUAAUCUUGUUUGGAAAUUUGUGAGUUGAGUGCAGAGGUUGGAAAAGGGGCUAAAGAGGUGAGGAUCUUAGCAGUAACAUUGUUCAAGUGAUACAUGCCGUGAUCCAGGUUGUCAGGGGAAGGCCUAACAGGCUGAUGGAGUUGGAGGAAAGGAACAUGUUCUGUAUAUUUAUAUUCGUGUCCAGAUCCUGAAAGACAAGCUAGUCCUGAAAAGGUGGUAUUCGUGGUGUGACGUCAGGAAAAAGUUCCUGAGUCCCUCUCUUUUUGGAAGCUGGUUGUGGGUCCAUUUCAUGGGUUUAGGUCAGGAGCAGGGAGAUUUGCAAACAUUAAGAACCACAGCUGCUAUUGGAAGCCUUUACUGUUCAUCUUCGACUAGAAGGAAGAUCCCACCAGUGGUUCAGUGCAGCAAAGUAAAUAGAUUGGUACUAGGCUGCUGCAGGCUUUACUUCAAAGACCUAACAGGGCUUAUAGAGUAGCCAUCCUGGAUGUGCUUCGGAAAACACCCCAGAGUAGUUUGUGCUCUGGGUCAAAGUGAGAAUUUUGGGCUGGGACCAAUUAGGUUAAGGGUUAUUCUACUGGACACUCUGAGGACAAGGAAUGUUUGGACUAACCUGACAUGUUUGCAAGGACCACCUGCGAUAGAGCUAGAGCCCUCAAGAAGGCUGCUGACGUAAGCAGCUCCUUCUGGGUAGGGGUAAGGGGGCUGUGGAACCAAGUGUCCACACGAAGAUAAAGGUUUAGGCCCAAUGUAAGAAGUCAGCUCUGCUCAACACACUUCAUUGGGUUUUAUGGUUAUUUCUGGAGUUGGUUUCCCCUGGGACAGUAUUCUCAGUCUCUCCAUUGCUCUUUUCUUCUCAGCGACAUUAUUGAGAGGAAUGUCCAGAUGUUGUUUUCUAAAAUCAGAUGAAGUUUGUUUAUGAUAUCAACUUGAAUUUAAGUUGGCUCUUAGUAAAUACUGAAAAAGUCUUCUGAUUGCCCCCUUCUUUUUUUUUUUCGCUACUCUCAGGCUAAUGCUAGUCAAAAAUGGUAUUUGACUAACCUCUUGAAAUACAUUAUUCAGAUGUGCCUUGAAUGAUUAAAUCAAUAAAUUGGAUAAAAUUAAUUGCUGGAAGUGAUGAACUCCUGUGAAUCACUACUGUUCAUUCUGCCCGUUCUCUCAGGCGACACCGCCAAAUCUACAGAGGUGACAGUCACCGCAACACAAGCUGCAGUUCUUGCCACAGCAGGUCCCAGAACACGAGAGGACCAGUCUUGCAACAUUGUCAUAUGUGCUGAUGCAUUUCAUGUUGCUCUUCAGUCGACAAGGGAAAUUACGGCUGCAGAAAUGGUACACCAGCCUCCCGGACAAAGAAAGGAAAAAGAUCAUCCGGGAGAUCAUGCAGAUUGUUCUCUCUCGUGGUCAGCGGACAAGCAGCUUUAUUGACUGGAAGGAGCUAAAACUUGUUUAUAAAAGGUAUGCUAGUUUAUAUUUUUGCUGCGCGGUAGAAAAUCAGGACAAUGAGCUCCUGACCCUAGAGAUUGUGCACCGUUAUGUGGAGUUACUGGACAAAUACUUUGGAAAUGUCUGUGAGCUAGAUAUUAUCUUUAAUUUUGAAAAGGCAUAUUUUAUCCUGGAUGAGUUUAUCAUAGGCGGAGAAGUUCAGGAAACAUCCAAGAAAUCUGCUGUGACAGCCAUUGAAGACUCCGAUAUGUUGCAAGAGACAAUGGAAGAAUACAGGAGCAAGCCUACGUUUUAACUGCAUCUACUUGAAGGCUCAGAGUACUACCCGUUGUGAACCUGUAAAUAAACGUCUUGCAUGGAACUAAUCUGACAGCGCCUCUGGCACCCUGCCAAAAAUAACUUAAAGGGAUUGUUUGUUAACUAGCAAAAUUGAAGUUGUUUAACAUAUUUAUAAUUAUUACAUGUCUGUAUUAUACUGUAUAUGAACACUUAUUGUAGCUCUAGAUAUUGAAAUAACUGCCACAAAGCUCAAUAGACUGUAUAUUUGCAGUGAUUUUAACUCCAUGUAAUAUUUUUAAGCUAAUUUUGAUAAAUUAGCUGCAGUGUAUUUUUGUUAGCUUUGAUCUUCUCCUGACAGGUUGAAACCUAUGCUGUAAUGAUCCAUGAUUUUGAAUGUAAAGUAUAUUUUGCAUCAAUAAUACCUUUGACGCCCACUUUUUUAAUUUUAUGGAUAAUUCAAAAUUAUCUUAAUAGUUCACCAUUCUUACAUGAUGCUAGAUAUUUUUAAUGCACUGAGUGGUACUGUAAUUUUAGUCCAGAUACAGAGUAUCUGGUUUUGAUAUUAUGAAUUCAUUUAUUUUUUUUAAGGAUUGGAUUGAUGGAAAAUAACCAAAGAUAGUAUGGGAUUUAAUACGUGCUUUUGCUGCCUUAGAAGCCGCUAUCUCGGCUGAGAUUGUUAAUUUACCUUUUAAUUGAAUAAAGGGACAUUCCAAUCAGAUGGUGUUUUCCACACACCUAUAUAUUUGUUAAAGUUUCAAGAGAUCUGGAGAUAGUGCCUAUGACUUUUCUUAUUAUAAAAAUAGUAGAAUAAGGAGUAGUAACAAUAACGAUUAUCAUUAUUGCUAGUACUACUUAAAAAAUCUCAUAUUCCAUGUCCUCUUAGUUGCUUGACAGAUUUUGCUUCAGAUGUUUUAAUGUAUGUCUGACAUAUUUGAAGGCUUAUUGUUCAUUAGGCUUACUUAGAACGUUUAAUAUUAAUGCAGCCUGUCUGGUAGAUCCCCUCCCUACCUUUUUCUUUCCCUGACCCCCAAAGAAAAUAUUUGCUGCUGACCAUUAUUACUGUGAAUAUGUUGCACCCAUGCCUCCUGGAAUGAGAGUUGUCCAUACCAGCUAGUAAUGGGAUCAGACCUACAUGUGGAAAUAGCUCAUAGUAGUCUGUCUUGGUGUCCUCUUUUUUUGUUCUUGUGCAUUUUCAACGUUAGUCUUGAAGUUUUGAUAUUAUUCGUAUUUGAGUAGUUAGGAACCCUCUUGCGCUUUUCCUAAGGGAAGUGUGCUUGCUAUUGGAUUACAUAGGAGACCCUAUAUGGGAGACCUUUAGAGAACAUGAUGGGAAAAUGUCCUCAUUGUUUCUAUUGGCAGACAUAACCCAUAACAAAAAGCGUGUUGCCAUUGAAUCAAUUCCAACUCAUAGUGCCUCUAUAGGAUGGAGUAGAGCUGCCCUAUAGGGCUUCCAAGGUGUGGCUAGUGGAUUUGAACUGCCAGCCUUUUGAUUAGCUGCUGAGCUCUUAACCACAUAUUCAGGGAAAAUUGACAGAACUAGAGCAGAGGGGAAGUUGAUCAAUUCCUCAAUAUGACCGUUAUUACAAGGAAAUAAUUCAUUAGCAUGUAAAGUAAUUGUUAGGCUUUUAGCAUCUAAUAUCUUCUGAAAUUGAUAUAAUUAUGACAUCAGAUUGAAGUUUAACUAUCAUUUUUGAUUACUUUGUUUACUUUAGGUCUUCAGUUUUGUGGUUUAACUUUUUUAAUAUGGUGGAACUCUAUUUUAAGGAAACAACUUUGUAAGGAUAGACUUCAUGUAAAUCCAUCAGAGUUUUUCUGGUUCUUCUGGAGUUUGCCACCAUUUUUGGGUGAAGGUAUUUAUUGAACCUUAUUCAAAUGUACUACACAUAUUCUGGAUAAAUAAUUCCAUGUUAGACACUGUCUGUAUGUACAUAGGCUUCUCAGACUUCAUGUCAUGCCACACAUAGAAAAUGAGCAUUACUGUAUCACACAAUGGGGUAAAUUAAGGGGCUUUGUGGACAUUUUACGUGGACAUUGGUGAAAAUAAUCAUUAUGUUUUGUUUGUAUUAAUUGCAAUAAAACUACCAAGUGAUAGGAAAAAUAUUCAAUUUAUAUAAAACUUUGGAAAUAAAAUAUUUUUUAAAUUUUUCAAUCAGGCAUUUAAGUGUGCUUUCAUGAAUAUCGGGUUUUAUGCUUGUAAUUGCUACCCACAAUUCCUGGUGAAGUCUUUUAAUGUGAUCUUUUUGCUUUCUUGGUACUUACCAUCAAGGAGAAACUUCACAAGUAGAUGAAUGGGAUAAGAGUAUGUAUUACCUUUUCCUCUUACUGACUUCUUUCUCACAAUUUGGUAAUAUGAUUUCUUAACGUUUGUAGUUUACAGUGCAGUCAUUCUUGAAAUCUAGUAGCUCUUCCUUUUCUUUCGUUAAAAAACCAAUACCCAGUGCUGUCAAGUAGGUUCUGACUCAUAGCGACCCUUUAGGACAGAGUUAGAACUGCCACAUAGGGUUUCCAAGGCUGUAAAUCUUUACGGAAGCAGACUGCCACAUCUUUCUCGGGCAGAGUGGCUGGUGGGUUUGAACUGAUGACCUUUUGGUUAGCAGGUGAUUGCUUUAACUGGUGCUCCAUCAGGUCUCCUUUUCUUUUAUCGGCAAAUUCCUUGUGAUAAAGCAAAUGAUUUUUAACCCAUUCAGACUUUUUUUUCAUACCAAGUAUCCUAAAAUAAUGAGAAAACUUUUCAUCAAACAUCUGUAGAUGUUGUUUUCCUAAACUUAUUAAUUCUUCAGGAUUUAAAUUAUAAUGCCCGUUAUACAUCACUGGUGAGCUGCUUUUAAAUCUACUUUUCUAAGGUUUAAUUGAUAAACUUUACUGGUAGAAUGUUAAUUUUUUUUAUUCACAUGGUCUCUGCGAUUUUUGAUUAAGUUUAUUCAGAUGCUCCAGAAUGUGAGUGAAGCAAGCCAGUGACUAAUUUUCAACAAUUUGCAGAGAGAAGGCUACUAAUUCAGUAGACGUAUGAGGACAUGUUAAAUGACCUGAAGACAGUCCUAACUCAUCAGUAGACGUAUGAGGACAUGUUAAAUGACCUGUAGACAGUCCUAACUCAGAAGAUGAUGAGAUCAUAUGUGUAUCAGUUUAGCUGUGAUGGUUAAAGUUGUGUGUCAAGUUGCUGGUCCAUGAGUCUCAGUGGUUUGGCGGUUAUGAUGUAAUCUGGCAGUUAUGUAAUGAUGUAACCGUCUCCACAAUGAGAUCUGAUAUAAUGUCAUCACCUCCAUGAUGAGAUCUGCUAUGAGCAGCCAAUCAGUUAAAAGGCAGAUUCCUUAGGGGUGUGUGUCUACUGAUAGUAUUAUUCAAAAGUGGCACCUUCCCUCUUUUCUUUGGAGAAUGUUGAGAAUUUCCAUGCAGGCUGGUAAAAUGAACAGUUCUGCAGUUGUGUGAGGUGUGUGGGAUUUUGCUGGUGGCAUAGUGGUUAAUUGCUACGGCUGCUAACCAAUAGGGCAGCGGUUCAAAUCUGCCAGGUGCUCCUUGGAAACUAUGGGGCAGUUCCACUCUGUUCUAUAGGGUCGCUAUGAGUCGGAAUCGACUCGAAAGCAGUGGGUUUUUUUUUUUUUUUUGGUUUUAGUAUGAGCUUAUAGCUACCUUUAUGAGCUACACCUGGUAUUGUUGUAAUUUGUACAGUAACUUUCUGAUUUUGUUGAAAAUGUUUGUGGUUAAAAUGAUAAUCUUGUGCGUAAGUGUACGUUUAGUAGACCGACGCCCACAUAAUUUAAUUGACACCAUUGGUUCACUUGAUAGCGUUUUGAAGUAAAUAAGACAUUUAGGCCAGAAAGGAAGAAUGAGGACACUUAGUUCCAAAUCUGGAUAGUUUUCUUACUGCUUCAAGACUUAAAAAAAAAAAAAUUUAAACUAUUUUAAUUGUGAUGGGGUGGUCUGGUGAAUCCGUGAAGCUUCCAGUUUUAAUAACAUUUUUCUAUUAUGGUAGAAAAAUACCUGUAAAAUUUAAGACUAUAUAAAUGUAAAUAAGGGACUGCAGAACUUUGUGGUCAGAAAACUGAUUUUCAAAAAAUAAUUCAGCUCAUUUUCAUUCCUUAGAAUGCUACAAAAAGAAAUUGAAAAAUUUAAAUACAAUAAAAAUGAAUAUAUUUAAAGUUAAUAAUGCAGUUAAAAUGGAAAGUACUGAAAUAUUAAUUUAAUAAAAUAAACUUCCUGAAAU